CCUCCUCCCAGCUGUAGAACGCCACUUUCACGUCUUGCUCUCGCGUUGACCGUAGCCACUGGCGAAUAUCCAGUUUCACGACUCGACUCAUCUCCGGGAGCCACCGGCAACUACAACAAUACGACUUCGAACAGUUCCACUGGCUACGGCUGCUAUGGAUUCUCUGACUCGUCAGGAGACUCUGACCAUUCUGGCUGGGAUGGGUGUACAGCUGCCUCCCGCUACGAAGUUGCCAGACGAAGCCCUGCAGAAGCGACUGAGACAAGCCCUGAACGGUGCACAAUACAUUUCAAACGUGUUGGCGAAUUCUCCCCUGGAUCCAGCUACUCUGUCAGCAUGGCCGUCGGCCCACUCUGUGUACGAAGGCGUGAGGCGGGGCAAUUUACAGGAGGCACAACAGAACUACCAGGCCAAGCUCCAAGGAAGGGAGACGGAGCUUUACAAGAACCCUAUACUCGAUGCCCGACAGACCCUCAUGGGCAUCGCGAAGUGGUGGGACGAGGAACACAAGUGGAUGGUAUUGCAGGACCCGGAAUCGGAGCAGUGCGCGAUCAACAUAAGACUGCUGUCUGUCCUCGAGCUCGAUAAGGAUACGCCGGUCAUUGUCUUGCUCUACCAGUCUGUUACUCGGGCGAAUGUGAUGGAGGGGUUGCAAUGGCUCAAUCAAAUGCGAGACAAGAAUGGCUCUCCGGGAUACUUGGUCAACAUCAAGUGCACUCCUCUCGAGCAGAAGCUCCUACUGAGACUCCUGGCGAUCAACGCUAAGCUGCUGACGAGUACCUAUGUACCGAAGAAGGAGUCUUCGGAGAAGAACUUCAAAGUGUCGUUCCUGCUCCCGCUCGGCCCGCUCAGCUUCGAGGACGUGGGCAAGCUCAACAACGACCCGGGCUGUGUUCUGUGCGGGCGGAAGACGACAAGUCGCUGCUCGCAAUGCCAGUCGGUCGCCUACUGCGGAAGCGACUGCCAAAAGGCCGAUUGGUCUCACCACAAGCGCGUAUGCCGAUCCUUGAAUGGCGGGACCUGGCGUUCCGCGCGCUUUACGACCGUCUUGCCAGGCAUGGAGGGCAUGUACGCAGUGCCAUUGAACAAGCACAGCUCGCGAGCGACCAAUGCGAUGAACACGCCUCGCCAGCUGGACUCCUCUGUGCUCCAACCGAACCCGCACGGCAGCCGCCUCUUCCUUGUGAAGCUCCAGGCAUCGCUUGGCGGCACGCCGUCGAGCAUCAUGGUCUACGACAGGCAGCGCUCCAUCGACGUAUACAUCCACGACCCGGAGGUGUUCGACGACAUGUUGCGGGAGAUGCGGGGACCGAGGGGUGGCUAUGGCGGCGUGAAGAUGUAUCGAUGGGCGAAGCGCAUCAGCGACUGGGAGCUGAGCAUCUGUUCGGAUAAAGAGCCGCAGACGGAGAUCAAGUGGUGACGGGUUUGCAGGGUGUCCUAUGAUAGACUUGUGUAAUGCUACUUUAAGGCGCCGAUGCCGUGCAGUCCCGGCAUAAUGUCAUCGUUCUGGUUGUACAUGUUUGGUCCAUCCUUUUUGUCUCGCUCACGUCGACCCUUCACCGCUCUCGAAGCUUCAAAACCUGUCUCUUGCGCGGCGUGCGCCACGAUAGGUUGACG